CAAUGGAUCCCAGAGCUUUGGAAAAUGAAUUAACUUGUGCUGUCUGUCUCCAUGUGUACCAGGAUCCUGUGACAUUACCAUGUCAACACAGUUUCUGUUUGAAAUGUAUUGAGGGAGUUUGGGCCCAGAAAACAGCUCCAGGAGGGUUUGAGUGUCCUCAGUGUCGUCGGAAUUUCAAACACAAGCCGAGACUUGAGAAAAAUAUCACGUUGUACAAUAUAGUGGAAAAAUACAACCAAUCACAGUCUUCUGCUGUUAUGCAGCGUGCCAGGUGUGAUAGCUGUGACGAUAAACCAGUCCCAGCUGCAAAAACAUGUCUUACUUGUUUAGCUUCAUUUUGUUUCCUUCAUUUGAGACCCCAUUUACGGAACAAGGCAUAUCAAGAUCACACUCUUAUUGAACCUAUGGCUGAUGUUACACACAGGCAGUGCACUGACCAUAAGAAGCUCUUGGAGUUUUACUGUAAAGACGAAGAUAUAUGUGUGUGUGUUUCCUGUACAAUAACAGGUAAACAUAAAUUCCACACACUACUGAGCCUGAAUGAAGCACAAGCUGAAAUUAAGGAAGAAUUAGAGAGAGAACUUGAGAAGCUUCUGGAAGACCAGGAAACAUAUUCAAGAAGACAGCAAAACUUGGUUAGAUCAGAAGAUGAAAUAAGGACACAACUCAGUGAGCUGAAAGAAAAUAUAUUGAAGAACUUUGCUGAAUGGAGGAGAAAGUUAGAAGAAGAUGAAUCGUCCGCGCUGAAAACGAUCGAUGAGGAGGGACUCCAAACUCUAACUCAGAUUAGGAACUAUUCUGGAGCAUUAAACAGGAUGAUUGAACUGGUCACAUCAGUGGAUGGAAAAACCUGGAAUCUGCAACAGGGGGACACUCUCUCCAUUAUUCAGAACUCGAGGCAGCUCCUUUCGAGAGUGGCUCAGACUCGGACAGUCACAGACCCAAAUAUUCCAGAGAUCACCCUGAACCUGUCUGAUAUAUCUCAACGGCUUCAGAACAGGCUGAACGCUUGGGAAAAGUAUCAGUCAGACAUAUUGGAAAUCAUCAAGCCAUCUUCCGCCGAAUACAGGAGCUUACUGAAUGUAACUCCUUCCCAACAUAGCUCCCCUGGGGCAGCCCCUGUCCUCACAAAGGUCAGCCAGCCAUUGACUAGAACUGGCGAGGAAGAUGAAAUAUCCGAAGAUCCAGCCUCCACUGACCACAGGAAUGCAAUGAACAAAAUUUCUCCCCAAGAGAGUUCUUCUGGGGCAGUCACUGUCCAAGAGAAAAUUGUCCAGCCAUCAACUGGGAUCAAUGGAACAGCAGAGAUAUCCCAAGAGAAAAGUCCUUUGAGUCUGGAUCCAAAGACAGCAAACUGCAACUUGAUUCUGUCUGAUGACCUGAGAACCGUGACAUGGACUGAGCAGCAACAGCCCUACUUACCCCAUCCAAAGAGAUUUAAAUAUCUUCCUCAAGUCCUUUGCUCCCAGAGCUUUUCUUCGGGAUCCUAUUCCUGGGAUGUGCAGACUGAUGGGAAUUAUUGGAGAAUCGGGAUUGUAUAUGGGAGUGUGGAGAGAGAGGGGGAAAUCUCUUCCCUAGGGAGCAGCAGUAAAUCUUGGAGUUUGGAUUUUAUUGCUGGUUAUCUCACAGCCCGGCACAAUUCUGAGAUCACAGUCCUUCCAUUGCUCCCAUCUAUAAAUAGGAUUCGAGUCCAGUUGAAUUAUGAGGCUGGGACUUUAUCAUUUUACCAAGUUACUGACUCGCUGAAACAUUUAUACACAUUUCAAACCACAUUCACUGAACCUGUGUUUCCAGCAUUUUAUAGUUGGGACAAAUCACUAAAACUGUUAAGUUCAAAAUGAUAUUUGAAACUCUGACACUACUUCUGGUAUCAAUUAAUUUGGUGAUGGAAGUUUCUAGAUUUUUCACUCCAAGUAAGACAGAAACAACUUAAGUGUCCAAGGUAAUAUCCUUGUAUCUGAAUAUUGAGGCCUGUGCCAGUGUUUGUGCCUGGCAUUUACACAGGCCAGAAAAAACUCACUUGAAUGGAGAUGAAGAAGGGUCUAGGCCUGAAACGUCAGCCUUCCUGCUCCUCUGAUGCUGCUUGGCUUGCUGUGUUCAUCCAGCUCUACACCUUGUUAUCUCAUUUGAAUGGAGCUAUGGUACGACCUCAAAGUUGAAAAGCAAAGUUUUUUUUUAUUCACACCAAUUUAUGGAGCAAGUCAAUCCCAUUCUUCUUUUUAUCCACACCCCAAGGAAACUUAAGUUUGAGAUAUUCCAUAGUGAAGAUCCAGCCAGAAUAUAUAAAAUUAAGUGUCAAUCUUGUUUUGUGUAUGCUUCUGAUAACAUUACUGAGUUUCCCUAUCUGAUGUCUUUGCUUUGGCUCCCUCUAUCUGAUGAUAUCAUGGGAUCAUAGAAAGGUUACAUCACAGAAAGAGGCCAUUCGAUCCAUCAUAUCUGUGUCAGCUGAAUGAAUUACUCUAAUCCCACUUUCCCUAACUUUAUCCACAGUCUUGCAGGUUAAAGAUCCAGGUUCCUUUUAAAUACAUUGAAAGUUUUUGCCUCAACCGUCAAACUGGGAAGUGCAUUCCUGAUACCUGCCAUGGUCAUACCUCCCCUAAUUCUUCUACCAAUCACUUUCAAUCUUUGCCCUCUUGUAAUUGACCUCUCUGCCAGGGGAAACAGAUCUUCCCUGCCCAAUUUAUCUAAGCCCCUCAUAGUUUUGUAUACCUAAAUUUAGUCACCCUUCAGCCUCCUCUGUUCUAAGUAAAACAGCCCUAGCUAUUCAAUAUUUCCUCAUAGUGACAAUGUUGAAGCCCUGGCAACAUUCUUGUAAAUUUCCUCUGUACUCUCUCUAGAGCAAUUGAAAUGUAGUGACUGUGACUAUAUACUAAACUCCUGCUGUGACCAAUAUGUUAUAUAAUUGCGGUAUUAUAUCUUUGCUUUUGUAUUCAAUACCUUGCUCAAUGAAAUAAAAACGUCCUUUAUGCCUUCUUUAUCACCUUAUUUACCUGUUUUUACACCUUCAGAGACUUGUUGACAUGCACUCCAAUUCAUCUCAAUUCCUCAAUUCUUUUAUUCCUCUCAAUGCCCUCCCAUUUAUUCUGUAAUCCCUAACAAGUUCCUCUCCAAAUGCAUAACUUCAUACUUUUCUGGACUGAAUUCCAUUUACCACUUUUCUGCUCACUGAACAAAACCAUUAUGUCAUUCGGAAGUUAAUAGCUAUCCACUUCAGUAACAACUAUCUGGUCAAAUCAUUUCUGAAGAAGGGUCCCGACCCAAAAUGUCAGCUUUCCUGCUCCUCUGAUGUUGCCUGGCCUGCAGUGUUCCUCCAGCUCCACACUGUGUUAUCUCAGACUCCAGCAUUGGCGGUUCUUUCUAUCUCUGGUCAAAUCUUUUGUUGUUUGCAGAUUUCCCAAUCAUGUUUCCCAUGCUUAAGUCUAAAUAAUUAAAAUAUAAUAACAAAGGGCCCAACACUGAGUCCUGAAGAAUUCCAGUAGAAACUGUUUUUCAUUUGCAAUAACUUCCAUUGACCAUUGCCAUUUGUUUCCUGUCACUGAGCCAGCUUUGGAUCCAACUUGACAUAUUCCCCAGUAUCCCAUGGAUUUUAAUUUCAUUAACGACUCAGCUAUAUGGGAGGUUGUCAAAUACCUUGAUAAAAUCCAUGUAGACAAUAUCACUCCACUUUUGCCAGAUCACCUCUUAGCUUUAUAAUAUUUGCCUUUCCCCAAUAUAGAAAUUUUACUCCUGUUUAAUUCUUGUCACUUUCCAUAAUGAUGCUAAAUAUAAGUGCAUUGUGAUCACUAUCUCCAAAAUGGUCACCCAAUACUACUUCAACCAUCUGCCCACCAAGUUCAAAAACCAACACUGUUUAAUUGUUGGACUAAUUGCUGGAUAUCUCUUCUGAUGAUGUAAUUUCCAGGUCUUUCUGCACAAGUAUAUGAAUUAGGAGCAGAAGUAGGCCUUUUAUCCCCUCAGGUUUGCUCUCUCAUUAAACACCAUUGUAGCUGACCUGUUGGUGUUUUGAAUUCCACAUUCCCGUCUACCUUGAUAAUCUUUUGUUCUCUUGCCUAACAAGAACUUACCUCCACCUUAAAAGUAUUCAACGAUCCUGCUUCCACCACUUUCUGAGGCAGAGUUCCAAAGUCACACAACCCUCUGAGAGAAACAAAGGUCUCCUCAUUUCUGCCCUAAAAAGGUGACCUGUAAUUUUUAAGGAGUGCCUACAGCUCCUAAAUCACUCUGAAGAGGAAACAUUCUUUCCAUGUCCACCUAGUUGAGACCAUUCAGGAUCUUAUAUCCCUCACUCUUCUAAGUUCCAGUGAAAACAAGUCCAAAUUAUCUAAACUUUCCUCUUAUGAUAGCCUGCUCAUUCUAGGAAUCCAUCUAGCAAACGUCCCUUGAACAUUCUCAAACUUAUUUCCAUUCUUCACAAAAUAAAGAGACCAAAACUACAAACAGACAAUGGUCAUACUAAUGCCCCAUAUAACUGAAACAGAACUUCCUUACUUUUAUCUUCAGUUCCUUUUGUAAUAGAAUAUAUCAUUUCAUAAGCCUUUGUUAAUACUUGCUAUAUCUGUACACCAAUGUUUUGCGACCCAUUCACUAAAACACCUGGACCCUUCUGGACCUUGGAAUUCUGUAGUUGCUCUCUGCUUAAUUAAUACUUUGCUUUUUUGUUCUUCCUGCCAAAGUAAGCUACUUUGCAUUUUCUCACACACUAUCCCAUCUGCCAGACAUUUGCCUCAACCAACAUAUAUCUGUAGCUCAUUAUGCACUGUUCACAACAUAGUUACCUACUUAUCUUUGUCUCAUCUUCAAAUUUAGCUACCAUGCCUCACUCCCCUCAUCCAAGUGAAUGAUACAAGUUGUAAUAAGUUGAGGUCCCAGCACAAAUCCCUGCCACUCAUCAUAUCCAGCCAUACAUAAGAGCCAUAUAUGCAAACUUUGAUUUUCGCCAGUCAGACAAUUUUAUAACCGUACUGCUGAGUUGCCCCCUACAGCAUGAGCUCUUAUUUUGCACAAUUACCUUCAAUGUGACACAUUGUCAAAUGCCUUCUUGAAUAAGUCAAUGUGCUCCGAUUUAUCCACGGUGCAUGUCACUCCUUCAAAUAAUUCCAAUAAAUUAGUUACUAUUUCUCUUUCAUAAUAUGAUGCUGAAUCUUCCCAAUUAUCUUGGAUUUUUCUAAGUGCUCAGCCAUAACCUUCUUAACAAUUGAUUGUAACACUUUCCCCACGAUAUAUAUCAAACAAAAUGGUCCAUAGUUUUGUGUUUUCUGUCAGCCUUCCUCCUUGAAUAGAGGAGUUAUAUUUACUUUGCAGUCUGAUGGAACCUUUCCAAAAUCUGAUGAAUUUUUGAAAAUUAACAAUAAAGCAUUUACUAUUCAUUCACCGUCUCUUUCAGGACCCUGGGAUAAAGACAAUCAGGUCUUAUCAGCCCCGCUGAUGUGUUAUUCCCCUCCCCCCUCCCCCCUUUUGCUGAUGUUACUGCCAGAUCUCACCCUCUGACAUUAUCAGGUGCCCAGUACUUUGCUUCUUUUCAGGAUCCAUGUGGUCUUUCUGCCUUUCUUUGUUAAAAAAAGUUGCUUCUUGUGAUUAACUAUCAUUUGUAGUGUUGCAAUUGACUUAAAUUGUAUAAUUUCUCUUCUUUGUUGUGUAAUUGUUGUGGUAUAAAUCUCAAUAAUGAAUCAUAGUGGUGACAGGCAUGCCUGCAUUAAACUCCCUAUUGAAUCAUAAUAAUGACAGCAGACACACUUCUAUUAAUCUUGGUACUGAAUUGUAGUUGCAUAAAUAACAGUUAAAUUUUUCAUAUUAACUUUAGGUUAAACUGUUUCUAUUAGGAGUGGUGGCAAGUUAUAGCAAAACCCCUUGAUCAUGAAGCCUGUGACCCAGUCAGCUCACCUAUUUUACUGUAAGCAUUUCAAGGAUAUGCAUGGUUAUUUUUGUUAGUAUUGUGUCUGUAUGAUUAUUGCAAAUGACAGAAAUCUCUAUUUGUUUAACUCCUAUGAAAACUAAUAAAUGCUUUUGAACUCUA